CCCUCCUCCUCCUCCUCCCACGCCAACGCAGCUGACCCGGGACGCCAUCGAGCUUCGGCUGACCCGUCGUGCGGGGGAUCAGGUCAGUGGGACAGCCACCCGCCGCCCCCUCCCCGCCUGCACCACCACCCUCCCUCGUCGUACCACAUGGGGGCUGGAUCUUCCAGCGGUCUGGGACGCAGCGGCUUCCACCACCCCCACCACCACCACCCCAACAAACACCACCACCACCACCAUCAUUUCUAAUGGAUUUCCGGUGGAUCGUGGUGAUGCCCAGCCAUCAGGGUCGCGGUCUGGUGGGGACGCCCGUGGCCGUGAACUCUGCUGACCUC